UUGGUGCACUGAUGUGCACUUGUGCAGUGCAAAGGAGGCCAGGACAGGGUGUAGAGUGCCCUGGCAGUUGCCUGAGGUUGGGGUUGAUGGUUGCUGUAUGCAUCCUGUGGAAGACGGUAGGUAGGCCAGACAGGGUUGGUACUACUACCUCUGGAAACCAACAGAAUGAUUGGUGGAGAUGUUGACAAAGGGCCCAGUUAUUCCGGGAUGUCGCAUGACGUUGAAGUAAGUUUAGUCCAUCCAGAAAACUCAUAGGGAAAUCAUGAUUGCAGCCCGAGAAUUGAUGCUUAAUCUUCAAGGGCACCUCAAAAUUCAGGCAAGUACAAGUAACCGGCUCGCGGAUGGGUAGGACAGCGCAGGAUGGCCGGUGAAUGUGGCCAGGGACAAUUGCCGAUCAGCAGUGGCACGGCGCCCAUCGUAAUUCCCGCCUCGCACGCCAGCCUCUUCUGCAAAGGGCAUAAUUCCGUCAAGGUUCGGACCACCACAAGGCCUAGACUGACGGCGUCGUUUAGUGCGGGUGGUUCCUGGAUGGCUGUGGGGAUAGCCCCGGUGCGUGGUGAUACGGGCGGUGCGGUGGCCGCGUCGAUGGCUGGCAUGGUCGGGCAUGGUCAGGAAAGGAUCAUCACGAGAAAGUCGCAUGGCUUGGUUGGUCGGGUUUCAUGGUUCGCGCAAAGACGAGGAGAGUUCCUCUCUUGAUUGACUUGGAACCGAGGAAUGUGAUAAGCAUGGGAUUAUGCGCCUGCCAGCAGCGACAAUGUGGUGGUGGUGAUGGUGGUGGUGGCCCUCCGUAUUGUAAGUCGAAAGUACUCCGUACGUACGUCCAACCGCCCGUCCGUAGCGUCUCUGCCUAGCGGGCUGGUAAGUGGUCAGGUAACUGUAAGAUUGAAUGAUUUCCCUCCCGCCCGCCAUGAUCCAUCCAUCCACCCCGGCUGUCUCACCAUCGCGACUUAACCCAGAGGCAUCCAAUACCCAUCUGUACAUCCGACGGA